CUCUUUCCUUCUCAAGAGUAAACAUCCGCGCGAUUCCGUAUACUUUUCUACGUCACAGCAAAUUUUCAAGAUGGCUGCCUUGCCACUACCUCCUGUAUUUUCUCUACAAGGCAGACAGCUGACAGUGUGUACGGAUUAUUAAUAAUAGAUACCUGCUCCUAAAAUGAUACCAUCCUCCUGUAGACUGUUGUACAAAAUCUCUAAGAGUUCAAAGAAUUUGGCGUCUAAGGGGCUUUCAGAAUUUGCAGUCUCACAUCAAAACGGCAUAAUGAAAAAUUUUGGAAGUGCUGCUGUGGAUAGUACGUCAUCCAAAGAUAAUAUACAAUUCGAAACUUUGUCUGUCUCUGUUCCAUCAGAAUUUGUUUACCAUGUCCAACUGAAUCGCCCAGACAAAAUGAACGCCAUCAAUCACACAAUGUGGAUGGACCUGAAAAAGUGCUUUUCAGUUCUUGGAGAAGAUGAAAAUUGUAGAGUUGUAGUCUUAUCUGGAGCAGGAAAACUGUUUUGUGCUGGAAUUGAUCUCCAUGAUAUGAUUCAAGUGGGCAUGAAACUGGGAGAGAAGGAAGACAUUGCUCGCAAAUGUAAAAUUCUCAAGAAUCUCAUUACAAAUUAUCAAGAGUCUUUAACAGCAAUUGAAAAGUGUCCGAAACCAGUAAUUAGUGCAAUCCAUGGUGGAUGCAUCGGCGGCGGUGUCGACAUAAUUGCUGCGGCAGACAUUAGAUACUCAUCCUCAGAUGCCUGGUUUCAAAUCAAAGAAGUAGAUAUUGGCAUGGCGGCAGAUGUCGGUACCCUCCAAAGAUUUCCGAGAAUAAUCGGAAGUUCCAGCCUAUGCAAUGAAUUGGUCUUUACAGCCAGGAAAUUACCUGCGGAAGAAGGCAAAGACUGUGGACUAGUCAGCAAAGUUUUUAACUCUAGAGAAAGUUUAAUGGAAGCAAGCAUGAAAUUAGCUCUAGAAAUCUCAUUAAAAAGUCCAGUAGCAGUUCAAGGAAGUAAGCAAAGUAUGUUAUAUUCUCGAGAUCAUACUGUAGAAGAAGGAUUGAAUCACAUUGCUUUGUGGAACCAAGUCAUGCUGCAAAGUGAUGAUUUUGCAAGUGCUUGCCUGGCUCAGGCCACAAAAGGCCCAACACCACCUUUCUCAAAACUCUGAUCAUGCUAGGUGGUACCAUUGUUUCCCUCUGUAACUUUAUUAUUAUUGUCUCUGAAAAGCGAGUAAGUGUUCUUAAUUAUUAGAGUAAGAAUGUCCAUCCACCUCAGGGUUAGCAAAUUGUUUCUAGCAAAAAGGGACUUGUGAACUAGAGUGGGACUUUAAAACUGGGUAACAAAAAUGAACAUAAUUCCUGAGUCAUCUAAAAGUAUAGCUUAGUUUGUGGUCUCUGAAUGACCCGUAGCAAAAUGUGGUGUCAGCCAUAUCGGGAAACGCUUUUGAUUUUCAGUCAGUUUAUUUUUCUUUGGAAGCCUUUGUAAUCAACAUUUAACCUGCAGAUUGUUUAAGGUUUAUCCUACCUUGGUGAUUUUGACUGCAGCAAAGCUUUAUCUGGAGUUUAGGAAUGGAGAAAAUUAAGGAAACCUCAAAAAUGGCAGUAAGAUCAAUAGGGCUGGUAAUAGGGUACUUAAUUCUAUUUUGACUGUAAUAGCAAAAAAUUAGCACCAAAUAUUAUAAACUUCAAGUCCUUAAAAUUUCUGUCCUCCGUAUCACCCAUAACAUGAAGUCCUGGGCACCCAAGGGUUGAAAAUCAAAAUGUUUAUUUUUUUUGAAAAAUGUAAACAUCAACCAACAAAGAAAUGAGCUUGUCAAGUAUUGUAUGAUUUCUGCAUUUUUAAAAACUUGAGAGUGCAAAUAGUUCAACGGAAUUUUCCCCUAUUUUUUGAACAAUAUUAACCAACGAAAAACGAGCUCGAAGUCGGGUAUUUUGAGCUCCCAUUUAAACGCGUGUCGACAGGUCAUCCAUAAUGGCCGCCGUGGACGCCCGUUGGAGAAUGGCCACAAUGUUGACCUGGCUUUGUCGUGGCGGCGAUUUACCUCUGCCGCGUUCCAUAGUCCGAGACAAUAGGUUACGACGAUGCCAGGUCAACAUUGUGGCCUUUCGCCAAGGGGCGUCCAAAGCAGCCAUCUUGGAUGACCCGUCGACACUCGUCUAAAUGAAAGCUCAAAAUACCCGACUUCGAGCUUGUUUUUCGUCGGUUAAUAUUGUUCAAAAAAAUAGGGCAAAAUUGGGGUGAACUAUCUGCACACUCAAGUUUUCAAAAAUGCAGGAAUCAAACAAUAGCUGACAAGCUCAAAUAUCUACUGUUUUGACAAGGACAGGAAAAAUUCUAAAAUGAUAAUCUUCAGCUCAAAACAGACCUCCAUGACGCCCUAAGGACCAAAUUUUGUAUGAAUUUCCACAAAAAAAUUCCAUGUCCCUUUAGAAAUCGAUCCGAAAGCUGAUAAUUUCAUUAGUUUUGGCAUAUCUUGAAGCUCAGCCGCAAAUCAUAAAUAUAAAUUGCUUCGAGGGUAUGUCAGGGUGCAUAGAAAAAAUUGAAAAUUUGAAAUGUUACUCUUUCCAGGUGGCAAUCGAUGGCACUAGGUAAAAAUACAUUUUGGCCAAAAUUUGGUCCAGUUUCAUCCAUUUUUAUUGGUGCCAAAGGUAAAUUUUGCGAUAAUAUUGUUAUUUUUUAAGUUUAGACCACGAUUCUGUUCAAAAACCUGUUUCUGCAACGAUAUCAUGCGUUUACAUUAAAAAUACGGAAUAACUAAAAUUGUAGAGGACGGAAUUUUGCUCUAGGAAAAUAUCAUUGUAAACAAUAAAAAUCAAUUACAAGUGAAAAA